UAACACUCAUAACAAUGCAUAUCAUUUGUAGCUUCUACAAGUCUUUAACACCCACAGCUACACAACCAUCAUAUGAAAUGAGCAGUUAGAGAGAAAACAUAUUUUAUUUUGAUCUGUUCACCUGUAAAUUAAAAUGAUCAUGCAGGUUCACAUUGCUUUUUUCUGGACUUUACUUCUCAUGACCAUUUCUGGAGAGGAUGACUUAGGUGCAUCAAAAGAAUGUAAGGAUGCUCCCUUUGUUCCAGGAUACAAUCUUGCUGGAGAAGGAUUUGAUGUUGUAACCAUGGAGCGAAAAGGUUCUUAUGUGAUCAACACAGAAAAAUGGGAUUUAGGAAAAGGCACUUGUAAAAUUUCCAAAAACAAGUACAUGAAUGGAAUGAAACAGAAGAUACCAGUAGCAGUUGUAGAUUGGGGGACCUUGCCAAAGUGUUCAAUGAAAGUCUCCAGUCAGAUCUUUGAAUCAUGUGAAGCACUGAUCAAUGAUUCAUCAUCAGCUCUCUCAGAUGGCUGGAAAGUUGGUUUAGAUAUCAAUGCAGGUGGAUCUGUAGUUGGAAGCACUCAUUCCAGGGAAGCAAAAUUUGCAAUGAAAAAAUCAAAAGAAGAUCAAUACAGUUUCAUCAAACAUGAUGCUCGGUGCAAUUUUUACAGAUAUCGUAUAGCUGAAAAGCCUCCUCUUCAUGAAGAUUUUCUUCAAGCAAUCAAAUCACUCCCUGCAUCCUACGAUCCAGACGCCUACCGCAACCUGAUCACCACAUAUGGCACUCACUAUACCACAAGUGUUAAGUUAGGAGGGCAAAUGAAAGCUAUAACAGCCAUCAAAUCCUGUCAGGCUGCAGUGAGUGGACUUACAGACACUGCGGUGAAGGAUUGUUUGGAUGUGGAAGCUUCUGGUUCACAGAGCACAUCGACCGUGAGUGAAAAGAAAAUGUUUUGUCGAGAACAGAAAAAAAAGAUGCACACAAAUGAAAAGUUCAGCUCCAUGUUCAGUGAGCGUCAGACAGAGAUUAUUGGAGGAAACAUCAAUGGAGAAGAUCUACUUUUUUCUGGUUCAUCACACCCAAAUUCCAUAAAAAAAUGGCUUGAGUCUUUGAAGAGUCUCCCUGACAUUGUGCAUUACUCUCUUAAACCCCUUCAUUUCUUAUUGAGUAAUAAACACCCUGCAAGGAAAGGACUGAAGAAAGCUAUUGAAGAAUACAUCAUUCAAAAUGCCCUCAUGAAGGUUUGCUCUGGUCCUUGCAAGAUUGGAAGGAAGUGCAGUGCAAGAGACCGAUGUGUCUGUGUUUGUGAAAGUAGUGAAAUUAUAAAGUCUAAUUGCUGUCCAGCUGGAAUAGGACUUGCCACCCUGAAAGUCUACAAUCUCAGUGCCAAAGGUCUGUAUGGAGAUGUAGCUAGUAAAACAGAUGGUACUGUAACUGUUACAUAUGAGAAACAAAUCAAGCGCACUGAGACCAUUAAUAAUAAUGAUAAUCCACGUUGGUCAGAAACAUUUGAGUUUGGACCUAUAAAGUUCAAAAAGACCAAUAAACUAACUUUUAAUGUAUAUGAUGCAGACAAUAACUGGAACAGUGAUCUCCUUGGUUCAUGCUCUUUUGAUCUUAGAAGUGGAGUUGUGACUGAUGCUUGUGUUUUCAAAUAUGGCACCUUCUUUUUUACCUAUGAAGUGAAAUGUGCACCCAGUCUGCAGGGCCCACAGUGUAAAGAUCACAAACCUUCUCCAAUGGCUGCCCAUCAGGCUGAUAUUUUCAGCUCAAGAAAUGGUGUUUUGGUUAAAGACCUACCGAGGCUUGUAUUAGCUCUCAAUAACUCAGAUAAGUUCAAUUUUAAGAGCACUUAUGGAAAGCUGUGACCUGCAUUUUGAAUUCAUCCUUUAUGCUUGAAAAAUAGACCUAAUAUAGCCCAACAGCACUUUCAUCUGCUAGAAAAAAAGUAUAUCUAUAACUUUUGCUUAUGUAUAAUCCCAUUUCCUCUCUGCGUUCUUGCAUUAAUAAAGCAUUCACAAAGACA